AUGAAGAUUUUUAUUUUUCAAUUGCUGUGUCUUUCCGUAAAAGCUUCCGGAAGCUACAAUCUAUCAAAUGACCCCAAGCCCGAGAUAAGUCUCCAAGCGUUGAACGAUAAAACAGAUAUCAUUCCCGACGAACUAAACUGUUCUCUGUCCAAUGGACAAUUUCUGAAUGCUGCGAUUGCUGAAUAUGUUUGCAGUCCGCUCCCUCCUCUUUUAAACGGUGAAAUUUUCUGUUUCGACGAAUGGAAGAUCGGAACCGUUUGCAUGGGUGUUUGCAAAAAUGGAUGGAUUCUCGAGCCUCAUAAACGAAAAAAACGAUGCUUACCGACGAGAAAUCGGAAAGAAAGGAGGACAGAAGAGAGUCCCGUCAAAUGGAAUUUUGCUAAAUCAAAUUUUAAAUGCGUCAAAGAUUACCAGGAAUCACCUUGCUCAAAUAACAAGGGAGGCUGCUCUCACGAAUGCAUCGACAAAGGAGACAUGAUUCCGAUCUGCGUUUGUCCCUGCGGGCAUACUCUCGCGAACGACGGAAAAACCUGCAUUGAUGAGCGAAAGUGUCCACUAGAUAUUUCGCUUUGGCUUGAUGGAACGACUUCAGCAUGCGCAAAAGACGGAUUCAAUCACGCUCAAAAAACUAUGAUGGCGAAUUUGGUCGGCUUUUUGGAUCAUGAGUCUCAUAACUUCGACGCGAAAAUCUUCGCCGCGUCCUACGGUGACGGUCAAGUCCAACAGAACGCCUCUCAUUUUGUAACGCCUCUUCUUCAUGAAAUUCAAGAGUUUCUUGAUGCUCUGACAAUUUCAUGCGCAAACAAUUCGAUUGCAGACGUCUUUCAAAAAAGACGUGAUCAAGCAUUUGAUUCUACAACAGUCUCCGUUAUCACCCUUGCUGCCGAGUUGUUGGACCCGUCAGAACUGAUAAAAAUGAACCGACCGAGAACAGAUACAACGAUUGUCAUAGUUGACAGACAAAGGGCAACGAAACAAGCACUGAUCCAAGCUUCUAUUCUUGCCUGCAAUCAUGAAAAUACCCAAAGAUGCGAAAAUAUUUUCAACCUUAACGAAGUGUUAUCUCCCGGAGAAAUCUUAAACCGUGUGAGCCGUGAGUCUUGCUUCAGCAGAAAUUAUAUGUCAACAAUUUCAUGCGGCGAUUUCUUCAUGGAGCUGGAUGUGCCUAUCUGUUCGUUAAGAGGACUUCAACAAGAAGAUUUGAUUUUAAACGCGGGAAAGGAUGGGUCGUGCACCCCGACUUUGGAAAAUAAUGGAACUCACUACAAGUGGAUCAUUGGUUACGAAGAUUGCGGAACUAAACGGACUGUUGAUGAAAAACUUGAAAAAAUCACUUUUACCAACAAUAUGCGGACAUGGAUCAACCGAGAUGCUCCCGUUUUUCCAGUCCUUCCUGAAUUCAAUAUUGAUCUUGAAUGUGCUGUUUCGACCAGUUUCGAAUUUUUCUCUCAGGGCGACUUCUACCCUGAGCUUAGCUCCUUCAGGGGAGUGGCAAACUCAAUCGGAAGUCAAACUGGCAACCUGCAAAUAUACGCCGACCCGAGCUUCACAGAAACUUGGGACGAGAAAAUCAUGGGAACAGGCGUGGAUCUAUUCGUCGAGUCGAAUUUCACUUUCGUGGAUGCGAGCAGGGAGCUACAAGUCACUGAUUGUGUCGCCAGUUCAGGAGAACUCAUCGACCUCGUAUCCGUGUCGGAUAAGCCAGUCCUGAAGAUGAUUGAAGGCGGAUGUUUAACCGAUAGGACUGUAAAGAUUCUUCCUCGAGGGCCGAGAAAUCAAGUGCGAUUCCAAUUUAAAAGCUUCCGAUUUCAUGGCGAGCUGAGUGGUGCAAAGAAAAUUAUGGCGAAUUUCACAGAAGCCCGAGUCGGCACAAUCGACCCGUCUCGCGCACUCGUCCUUGCCUCCAUCCUUCAGAAUCACAAACCAGUGGAUUAUGGAAUUCCGGCUGGGAUUUGCCCGACGAUGGAUUUUAGCCCAAAAGCCAACGAAACCGAAUCAUCUGGUCGCUUCUGCGAAGUCGAUCCGUACAAGGCAAAUUACUACACGACUGGAACUGUGAUCAAAAAAGUGAAUAACUUCAUCUGCUACGAUCCUGACUUCGGCCGAGUCUACCCCGUCCGAGCGAGUGCAAAGAAGGCGUCUCAGGACUCAAGUGUACGCAUUGUGCCCCUGGGUACAUUCAGACCAAGUCACCGAUUAAGCCAUGCGAAAAAAGUAAGAAAAAACUGCAGCAGCUCCAUCAGUUAUCGCCCGGAUAGUGGAUGGAUCGAAGAUGAGAGUUUGACGUUUCCUGAAGAAGAUAAUACUGGAAAAGGUCUAAGUGCUUAUUGCGCUGUUUCGGGGGAAUUCGGACUGGUAAUCAUUCCAGGAAGAACAAGCUCGAAUCGAAAAAUAUGGCGGCUUCACAAAAAUCAAUGGGAAAAUAUCGGACUCGUUCCAUGGACAUCAUUCAGAGGAUACGCAAGAGCUGUUCUUUUUCCUUAUAACGAGAUAAUGGUCCUUGGAGGAUAUUCGGGAGAUUGGAAGUUCACCAAAUUCAUAUUCAACGAAGAUUUCACCUCGAUCGAAGGGGAAGAUCUUACCCAUUUGCCCGCACUUAAAAAUUGGGAUGAUCUUUCUGCGAUGCUUGUGCUUGAAAAUUAA